AUGAAACUACAAACAGAUGCCAUUCAAGUGGCUCAGAGGACUGCCCAUCUACUGAGGGCCGGACAAAAAACCAUUCGACGCGGCUCUCCCGGAGGAUCAAUCAGCGAACCGGCUUGGUUUAAGGUUGUCGCUGCUAACCCACCUACACAAAAUCUACAACAAAAACUGAGGAAUUUAGAUGUUUUCCAAUCCAGUCCGAAGUCACCUCCUGUAGGAGAAAAGAAAAGAUCAACUGGACUUUACGUGACGAGGUAUAAGCAAAAAUUUAGCACCAGAGCCCAGCAUAUGUAUCGCAUCAGAGAUGUUAAAUAUUUCGAAGAUAAAAUCAGAAACGCCUUUUAUGAACAGCAUCCAUGGGAAUUGGCCAGGCCUAAGGUUGUAAUUGAGAAUGACGGUAAUGAUGCAGCCAAAUUUGACUGGAGCACCAUCAGUCAAGAAAACAAACGUUUAGAUGGUGAAAGUGUUGUACAGCGAACACUAUUUCUUUUAAAGAGUGCGGAAUUUAAAGGGAAUGAGUCCUGGACUGAUGCAUACGAUCAAGCUCGUUUAGAGUUCUACAGACUUAGGAUGCGUGAAGAAGCUGAGUUAGAGGUCGCCGCCGAAGAGGCGACGAUGUUCGGGUCCGUCUUUGGUCCUUCAUAUCUUGAACAUGGUAUCAAUGCUGAACAAAAGGUUAUUGAUGAGUGGAUCGUUCAAGCUACUGAAGCGACGAAAGCCAAGAAAGCCCAAUUAUCGGGACCUGUUUCUUUCGAAAAUGACAAUGAGCCGGAAGCCCCUGUUGCAAAUUAA